AUGAAAUCUGUUUUAGUAACUGGUGCAAACAGAGGCUUAGGCUAUGGAAUGGUAAAAUUUCUACUCAAAAACGACAAAGUAGAAAAUGUCUUCGCAACCUGUCGCAAUGUUUCAGAAGAACUCAAAUCAUUUUCUCAUGAACAUAAGAAACUACACAUAUUGACGUUAGAUGUAACAAACUACGAAACAUUAGAUGAUGUAGCUGUGCAAAUAAAAAAAGUUGUAGGAAACCGUGGUCUCAACGUAUUGAUAAACAACGCUGGGGUGAGCACACGAUUCACUAAACUGAAUCUAGUAAAAGCAGAUCAGCUUUUGGAAAAUCUUACGGUUAAUACAAUCGCACCAAUUUUACUUACUAAGGCCUUGGUUCCAUUAUUAAGACAAGCAGCGGUAACUAAUUCCGCUGAACCCAUUGGAGCACAAAAAGCUGCGGUUAUUAACAUGAGCUCUAUUUUAGGAUCCAUAGCUCAAAAUGACCAAGGUGGUUUCUACCCAUACAGAUGUUCAAAGGCAGCUUUAAAUGCAGCAACCAAAUCUAUGAGUAUUGACCUAAAGAAAGACGAAAUUCUUGUUGCUUCUAUACACCCAGGGUGGGUCAAAACCGACAUGGGUGGUAAAAAUGCACCUCUCGAUGUUGAUACGAGCGUUUCGGGCAUUUUUAAAACCAUCGACAAUUUAAGUGAGAAAGACACUGGAAAAUUCUUUCAAUAUGAUGGCUCCGAGUUGCCAUGGUAA